AUUUCGCAUCACAUAUUAUAAACAAAAUUUAAAUAAUAAAAACAUAUAACCGAAAAUGUUAUCAUCAUCAUCAAAUAGUAAUAAUAAUAAUUCUUUAGAAGAAGAACAAGAAUUAGCAUCACUAGCAACACCUACCUACAAUGAUCAAUUAUCAUCCUACAGAGAAAAACACAGAGUCUACAAGGAAAAGAAGAAGAAUCAAGAUAUGGCCUCCCUCACAGCCUUCCUCAUUGCCUCCAAAUACGACCCACAAACAUCAUUGACUUCAUCGGGUCUGGAACGUUACACUCCAAAGGCUACUGGAUUCUGUGGCAAUACACCAACCAAUGCUACGAGGAGUAAGGUGAGUUUCAGAGCAUCGAAUGUGAGAGGGAGAGGUCUACCAACUGUGCAACCAGGAAGUUGGUUUAAACCUUCAAUACAACAAGAACAUCAUGUUGAUGAACAACAAGAAUUGGCUAAAGAUGAAUCAGCAACAGUAGUGGAAGCAUCGUUGAGUAAUUUGUCAUUGAAAGAGGAGGUUGUUGUUUCUUCUUCUUCUUCUAGUUUGAAUGUUGUUCCUGUUAGAAGAUUGUAAACUAAUCAUAUAAAUUAUAUUUAUUG